CGUCAGAUGGAGGAAAGAAAACGGAGGGUGCGGAGUGUUUUUGUGAAAAGUUUUUACAUCUAGAAAUCAUGCAAAAAGUGCUCUUAUUUACCCAAAUUAUCUACAUUCGGUGUCCAUAUAUGUUUUAUCGUGUGUCUGGAGAGACAAAUAGACUGACUAGCGAGUAUUUAUCGCGAAAUUUGUGAAGACUUUUUCCUCCAUUGCCUUCCUAAACUCUCACACCAAGUUUUCUCUUCAGUGUGUGUAGACUUUUGUCGCAUCGCCAAGUGAAAAAGUUGUAUGCUCCAGCACUAUUCUCUUUUCCCUGUGUGUUGGCUCCAGCCUUCUGGCUGCUGCUAAUUCCACUCUUGUGCAAUUAGCAAGUAGAUUUUCUGCCAUUGGACGCUAAGACUGACGGGAAAAGUUCACUUGGGGAAAGGCAUUUGGGGAGUUCUCUGGAACGGGGUGUUGUGGCAAAAGAAGAAUACCAACAAAAAACAAGCCAAGCAUCCACUAGAGGAGUCUACCAGUUCGUGAAGAGACUUUCUUGUGAAUUGGAGUGCCUUUUUUUGCUGUGUUUCCAAACACACACACCAACGCACAACGUGUCAGCCUCUUUUUAUUUUUCCGUGUAAAAUUCUGUGGAAUUGGGAAAAAGGGGGCACACAGUGAAGUUCCCAGUGUUUCCGGUGUAGAAUCCACCAGACAACGAAAAAAGAACCUCCAUCAUCUUUGAUAUUGUGCUAAUAAAACAGUGAAUAAGAAGCAAUAUUUUAAUUCCAAGUGAUUGUGCAUUGUGAUUCAUCCAAAAAAAGUGUUUGCAAUAAUUAAUUGAGAAAUCCACAAAAAAUUCCACUGUGCAAGGAAUAAUGAUUAGUAGCAGUGGAUGUUCGAGUAAUGGCAAUUUGUACUAAAUGGAUUAUUUAGCCUGAUUUCUCAGAGAAUCACUGUGGAAAUUCAAGCAGAUGGAUAACCUUUCGACACCGCCACAGGAAAGCAAACCACCUCCGCCGCCUCCAACAUCGUCAACACAUCGCGUUUCAACGGGAAACGGCUCAGCAGCAGCUGCAUCCCAAAUGAAUGGCGCCGGACCAAGACGACCACAGACGCUGAUGUCGCCGCUAGAACAGCAAAAGUUCAUCGUUCCUGCCCAAUCGCUCACCCUGACAAUCCACAAGGACUCCAAUGGCUAUGGCAUGAAGGUAUCUGGAGAUAAUCCUGUAUUUGUCGAAAGCGUAAAACCAAAUGGAGCAGCUCAAAAGGCGGGACUUAUAGCAUCGGAUAUGAUAUUGAAGGUCAAUGGUACACCGGUUCGAUAUUCAACUCACACGGAUGUCGUUAAAUUAAUUAAAUCAUCAGCCACUGUUGAGUUAACUGUUCAAAGAGGACACAAAAUGCAACGACCAUCGAGUAUUUCUGUGGGACCAUCGACACCUUUGGCCCAACGAGGUGGAAUCACUGCUCCAAUUCCCGUUGACCAACAUAAAAUGCGGGAAAUGGAAUUUUCAAAAAUGCAAACACUGCGCCUUAUGUUGGAUCAGGAAAAGAAGAACUACGAUGCAUUGCUGGCGGCCAGCAAUAGUGGUGGUGGCAAUAGACAAGAGAUGGCACGUUCCGAGGCAAAUAUUCGCAAAUUGCAGGAGCAACUGCGUCAAGUGUGUGGAGAGGAUAUGAACUUGCUGCAUUCACUUCCUGCUCCAGUAGCUUUUCCAUCAGCAAUAAUAUCACCACCACAGCAGCAAACGUCACAAUCCACACCAGCAUUCCUUUCGCUCUUUCCGCGUUCUCUGUCAUCAUUGAGUUUGGGCACGCGAAAGAAGCCCAUGGAUCGUGUUGAUCCGGUGAUAGCACCAAAUAUUCUAAUGAGUAUCAAUUCGGAGUUCUCUCCGCAUCAGCAUACACCCCAUUUUCCCCGGCAACAGUCGUCCAUUGUGGGGGAUUUGAUGGCCAGCAAGAAGAAGGUCAAUGUGGAUCCAAAGAGUCCACAGAAGGGUGAUACUCCGCCACCUUUGCCACAGAGAAAUGCUCCGCGAAAGGUGGCGUCGGAUGCAAAUGGGGCACGUGGGAGUACAGAGAGUCCGGAUGGGGUGAUGAGGAGUCCCAUGCAGGUGUCAGAUCUGGAUCAUUCAUCGAGUGGUGGUGGUUCGACACCAACCCAUGGGACUCCGUCGGGCAAGAGUAAAAAGCGCACAAAAGCCAAGACUAAAGCAUGGUCAGAUCCAAAGAUGAGCUCUCAGAUGCUGAUUCAGGUGGAGAGUGGAGCAAUGGCCAUGAGGGCAUCAUCAACGGAAAAUCCACCACCAUUGCCGCCGAGGCAGCAGACCAUUGAUGAAAAUCAGUUGAAUAAACUGAACAAUAACAGACCCUUGCCCAAUAGCAUAGAAACAUUGAUGAAUUAUCCCCUUAUAGCAACAUGUACACCAGUUAGGGACAAUCUAUCCGCUUUUCCUCUGUCUCACCGACCAAAUAUUGUACAGCAUCUGCAGCAGCAGCAACAACAGCAACAGCUGAGUAAUAGCAAUUUCCAUCAGCACCACCUUCAUCACCACCAUCACCAAAAUCUACUAUCUUCUGCUAAUAAAUCUACUGCUCUCGGUUUGACUCCACAGCAGUUAAACCAGUUGAGUGGGAAGCAUCGCCGUGUGAUAUCAUCGCCAGAACAUGUACAUCCCAGUAAGGAUUCCGAGCACAGUGAUUCACGAAUGAACAAGUCAGCUACGGGAUCAUGGGAUCUCAUGGAGAAGGAUAAUGAGAGAACACCUCCGGGCACUCCGCCUCCACCGUAUUUGUCGCCUGGCAUGCAAGCCAGUGGUCAGAUGGGUCACCAGAAGGAUGAAAGUGCCGCGGAUUCAACCGGUUUGGAUGCUCAGAAGUUAGGAAGUCCCGUGAUGUCACCCACAUUCCACAAGACCUCAAUAUCUGCUGCUCAGGCUAAUAUCCUGCAGAAACCCAUAAUUUCCAUGGAGGACGAUGAGAUAUCGGAUCAGGAGGGUUUCAUUGAGGAGCAUGGUCCAUUUCGGUCACUAUCUCAGCUACUGGAACAGGAAAAUUCUUCGUAUUUGGCAGUUUUUCUCAACUUUGUCCUGUCCAAUUCCAAUCCGGCACCUUUGCUAUUUUACCUGAUUACUGGCCUGUACAAGGAGGGCAGUGUGAAGGAUAUGCGAAAAUGGGCAUAUGAGAUUCAUUCAACAUUUCUUGUACCCCAAGCACCAUUGCUGUGGUCAACUGUUGAUGAAUCUCUGGCACGUGAGGUGGAUGAUGUGCUACAGAAGGAAUAUGACAAAGGGGAAAUUCUCAGAAAGAUCUUCUGGAAGAGUCGAAUAAAGGCAAAAGACUUUAUCAAUUCGCAAUUGCAGGAGUUUCAAGUGAAACGAACAGCGGGUUUGGGCACAAUUUAUGGGCCAAGUGAUCAACAGUUGCAAGAGGCCAAGGGUGAUAAGACCAAAGAGCAACGUAUCGUCGAGGAGACACUCAUUCCAAAAUUGCAGCAACUUGUUGAUGAACUGGAUCGUGAAGCACCAAAUGAAUGUCCCAAAAAGUCAGCCCUAUGUUCAGCUCUUUCGACGGUUUUGCAUCGAAUUUUCGUGACGCGCUCCAAUCCAAAUAGUCCCAUUGACAAGGUCCAUCAUUUUGUCAGUCGCGAGAAGAGUUUCAAGUCUCGACUGAUGGGCAAAAACAGAAAGGCCCUUGUUCUUGGACAUCUUCUAGUAUUACGUCAGUAUUAUGAGGUGACACAUUGCAAUCACUGUCAGAAUAUCAUUUGGGGGGUGAGUCCACAGGGCUACCACUGUACACACUGCGAAUUGAACAUUCAUCGAGCAUGUUCAAGAAUACUCGAAGAGCACUGCCCUGGACCAGCACCUCAGAAACGCAAAGAUCCGCACAACGACAACAAAAUCAGCAAAUUUAUGGAGAAGAUCCGUCCUACUCAUCAUUUUAUACCAAGUGAUCGUUCACGUCGUCAGGAUGAUGAGAGUGGUGCUGAAGAUACCUUCUGCAUGGAUCGACCAUUGACAACCUCAGUGACUCGCCAACCAUCAGAUAGACGUCCUGACAGCAGUAGCAGUUCCCAUCAUCAUCAUCAUCACUCACAUGGGAGUGUUGGAAGUACUUCCGGGGCAUCAGUGGACUUUCAGUCGCCUGCUGUUGGAGAAAUUGGCGAAACAGGAGCACCUGUUGCUGAUCGUCCCAGUCAUGAGAGUUCCAAGUCCAAAUCAGCACCAGUGUCGGUCAAUCGAUCGGAAUCCUAUAAAGAGAGAUUAUCACACAAACGGAAUCGAACAAAUAGGAGGAAGACGUCUGAUCCAAGCUUAACAAAAACCAAUGAUGAACAACAGGUGGAAUUGGGACUUACAAACGCCAAUUAUCCCGCCAGCUCAAGUUCUAGUCUGUCUUCCAAUAGUCUGGAUAGCCCAAGUAUAUCUUUUGAUGCUGUUGGAGCACCAUCUUCAUGUAGUGGAACACAGCCUGGAGUGGUGCCUCGACAGUGGGUGGAGAGUGAGGAUGAAGGUGGGGGUGAUUUGGAGACGGAUUGGAGUUCCAAUGUUCCAGCCGAUAUUCUACAAAAUCUGUCCGACGCGGAGAAGAAACGGCAGGAAAUUAUAAAUGAGAUUUAUCAGACCGAGAGGAGCCAUGUAAGAACAUUAAGGCUUCUCGAGGGUAUAUUUAUGCAGCCACUGCAAGAAUCUGGUGUAUUAAAUAUCGAACAUUUACAUUUGCUGUUUCCACCUGCUUUGCUAAUUCUCAAAGAUUUACACUGUUCAUUUGAGGCGCAAUUGAAGCAGCGACGCAUUGAUUCGGGCUCAAUAGUUGGGCACAUUGGGGAUUUGUUGUUGGCUACAUUUGAUGGUAAUUCUGGGGAGGAACUCAAAGAGAAUGCUGCACAAUUUUGCGCACGCCAGCAAAUAGCACUGGAAGCGCUCAAAGAGAACCGCCGUAAGGAUGAAAAUCUCCAAAGAUUACUCACCAAAGCUGAGGCACACAAAGCGUGUCGACGUCUUCAGCUGAAGGAUCUCCUACCUACAGUCCUUCAACGUCUAACAAAGUAUCCACUAUUGUUUGAGAGUCUCUAUAAAAUCACCGUUAGUAUGUUUCCUGAAAAUACAACUGAAGCAGAAGCCAUCAAGAAGGCUCUCGAUAACUCCCGUGACAUUCUCAAUCAUGUCAAUCAGGCUGUGAGGGUGGCAGAAGAUUCCCACAAACUGCAAACAAUUCAAAAGAAAUUGGAUAAAGCUGCCAUUGAUAAAGAAAUUGGAAAUGAAAUAAGGCUGUUGAUGCAAAAUUUAGACCUAACUCAGCACCAAUUGAUACACGAUGGAUUGCUGAUUAUGAAGAAGAGUCCAACAACACAAUUACAUGGUCUACUUUUUGAUGAUAUCAUGGUAUUGCUGCAGAAACAAGAUGAUCGUUAUGUGUUGAAAGUUUUACCAAAUCCGGGUGCAGGUGGUUCGGAGAAUAAAAGCAAAGAAUCAGUAUUUUAUCCCAUAAUCAAGGUGAAUUUGAUUCUUGUGCGACAGUCAGCAGUGGAUAAAACAACAUUCUUCCUUAUCAACACGAGUCUCUCGCAAAUGCUAGAGCUAACUACUCCCAGCAGUUCCGAAUGCAAAGGGUGGUUCAAGCACAUCUCAGAUGCUGCUGAUGCGUACAAAGCAAGAACUCGGGGCAGUCAUGAUUUGAAUACGGAACUGUCUGGUGGUGGAUCGAAGGAGAAGGAUUCCUUUGAAAUGACACCAGAACGCAGUGAUUUGCCAAGUGUGAGUGGUACUGGUGCAACAGCUGAUACAGCAACUGAGAAGAAAGGUACCGAUGACACCCGAGAUCGUGGUGGGGAAGUGACGCAUGAAAAGCGAAAGUCCCAGAAGCAGCAACAGAAGCCACAGGAUGCGCGCAAUCGGAGUAAGCAGAAGAAAGACAGUGAGGAAAAUCGAGAAUCCGCAAAUGAGGAUGAAGAGGGUGAUGUGUCAGAUCAGGAAGAAAAUGAGGAAGAGAAGAGGACUGAAGAUGAAGAUGGUUUGAAGCAGAAAUUCAAUGGUUAUUCCAGUUCAUGCAAUACCCGGACACUUACUCAACAGUGCUCGUUGGUGGCACCCAGUGAAGUUCAGGUCACCGUCAGUCCAUCUCUCACAGCUGAACCCGUCCUUACGCCAGCUGAACGCUUGAGACGAUUGGAUGAGUCUAUCAGGGGUAUGUUGGCGGAGAAGCAGCAAAUUGUUUGUGAUAUGUUUCGAAUGCCAAGUGAACACUUCUCUGCCAUUGCUGACAUUGCGGGACAGCCAGAGGCGCCCAAGACUGCCUCAUUUCAGGAUCCCAGUGAUUUGGUAUUGGCUGCAUUUGCCCAAGUGCAGUCACUCACAGAGGCACUCAAUGAUUAUACACGCGUGAGUCAAAUCCAGGAGAUUAGUGCUGUGUCCAUGGCACUCUGUGAUGAUUGCCACAAGAUGAGGUCAGAGCAUGCUACAAGGGCACAUCCGGUGCUCCAGCGUGAAGACUCGGUGCAGGAGGAUGAAGAUGGGUACUGUGAGAUUGUGGAGUUGCGCUCCAUUGGGCCACCCAGUACAUCGAGGUGUGAUCAUGUGCUGAAGAGACGCAGCACAAAUUCCAUUCCCGAAGAGACAGAAUCUGAGAUGCGAUCGGAGGCUCAGCAACAACCAUCAACUGGGCGAAUUGAGGUCAAUGAGACUUAUGUGGGUGGUGGGGAAGAGGGAACACAGUCUGGGGAGAAGGUGAAGGUGGAGACUGAAGGAACCUCAUUGGAAGCUACUGGAGAAUUCUGUGGGGCCAAUCGACUCCUUCAUGCCACAUCUUUAACACCAUCAGUUCCGUGUCAUCUCAUUUCCAGUCACACCACAGCCCUCAAUACACUUGUGUCGCAGCUUUUGCCAAAAUUGAAUGAGCGCGAUGUCGAGAGGGAAAUGCUUAGGCGGGAAAAUCAACAUUUGCGCGAACUUAUCAAUUCGCUGCAUGAACGGGAGCGUGUUUCGGAGUCAGAGGAAACACCACCGAAGGAUGUGGAUAGCGGCAAAAAAACGCAAGUUGAAAGUCCCCAUGAUUAAGCGAAAAUAGGAUUAAUGUAAUAAAUGUUUAAUAGAAUGAGUUGCAUGCAGAUAUCUGGAUUAUUACAAAAGAAAAUGGAAUAAAAAAAGAGAUUUGGAAAGGUUUAGAAAAGAGAUGGAAAAAUAGCAAAAUUAUAAAACGACAUAAUUAUUACAUUAAUAUUAAUGUAAAGUAGAUGGAAAAAGUUUCGUUUUUGGAAAAAUUUUAUCCACAAAUUCUAUGGAAGCGGGCUAGUGGACCAAUUUAGUUUACUGGUUAUGCUUCUUCAGAAGUGUAUUGCAUAAUAUUGAGAGAGAGAAAACAAACGUCAUAAUAAAGUUCUUCAUGUUAUAUGUGUUUAGAAUUCAAAAGAAUUUGGCGGUAAUAUUCACAAAUUUACCAUUUUGUCGUGAUAAAGGACAUUGAAAAACAGUAAAUUAUAACAAUAAAAUAAAUUAUUCGUCUAUUGAAAUAUCAUUGAUAAUUCACGUGUAUGACAGGAUAGUAUUUACAUCAAUUUGUGGCUGUUACACAAUUUCUGUUGCAUUUUUUUGAGCUGUUACUGCUUUAAGUUCAAUUUAUAUUCUCUUGUUUGCGGCUACAAAACUUGGUCUCUGUAGCCUGGCUUAUCCCUAGAUACCGGACUCAUCCAUCAAAAUGGAUUAGUUCGCCAUUAAGACAGCCUUUUUUUAUUUUUUCCUCAAACUUGUUUGCGAAUUAACUAAGAUAGUAAUCGUGAAAUGAUGAAAUUCUGAGCAAUUUCUUGAAUUUAAAAAAGCACUUAGCAAAGUGAUAAAAGCGGCAAUUCUAAAUAAAUAUUUUUUGAAUUCAAAAAAUUUCAUGCAUUUAAUAGAUAAUUGCAUGUUAUUAUAGUCAACUUUUUACUUAACUCCCUGGACAGAUGCUUUUCUCCUAACAUUUGAAUUCGACAGGUUUGAUUUAUCGAAAAGGUCGUGCAAUCAAUCAUAAAAUAUCUCAAGUGUUGAAUUUAGAAUUUACUAAUACAACUCCGUAAGAAAUAAAAGAUGACAUAUCUAAUGGCGUACGCAUAACAACUUUAGUUUUUCAAACAUGUUUUAUAUAAUUCUUUCAAUUUCUUGAAAAAAAAACAUAUUUUCAAAACAAAAAUUUUCGUGUUUACUCAUAACGGGCCUAAUUUUCUUUUUGUUCUAAGAAAUUUGCUAAUAAAGUGAGGUUAUUUUAACAUAACCUCACAUAAACUUCUUAUGAAAAAAACUUCACAAUUCUCCGAAUAUUAGCAAUUAUUUUCACAAAUUUGUCCACAUUGAACGAUUUGAAUUCUAAAAUAGAGGUUAUUUUAAUUUUUAAAUGUCGUCUGUCAUCUUUUUUCCACAAAUUUUCAGAUUCUAACCUCUAAGGAAAGAGGAAGAAUCUAGUUCAAUGAGCUUCAUUCUCCUAUUUGGUCAAUAAAGAGGAAGAAAGGCACCACUGAAUUGGUGCUUCUUUAAAAUGGGGUUCUUCUACUUCUAAACAGAACUUAGUCUUAUAUAUUUUAAUUUAGCUUUACAAUUACUUUGUGGAAGUGUGGAAUUAAAUUAUACAAUGGUUUAAUCUAUCUAUUAAAAAAUAGGAGAAAAGUUCGGAGAAAGGUUUUAGGUUAAAUCAGCCUAACCUCAAAAAUUUAAGACUUGAGGUUAAAUUAAAUAAAACCUCAAAUUCUGGAAUAACCUUUUUGUCAAAUAAAAAUUGAUAACCUUUAAAACCUUGCAUGAAAUAAUCUUCAAAAAUUCUCUAAAUAUGAAUUACAAACUUUUUUUUUAAAUCAUACAUUAGCCCAGGCCUGAGCUAAAAUAAAAGGCGAAGUGAAUUUGGUGGUGCCUGUUGGCAUUCUUCGAAAUUCCGCGAAAAUUCACGUAGAGAAAAUGAAAGGUUUUUUAAUGUGAAAAUUGUUUAAUUUCUUAAAGUUAAGUAAUUUUCACAAGAAAACCAUUUUAAUAAUUUAGUUGAAUAUAGUUAUUUGGGUUAAUUGUGAAUAAUUGUCGAUAUUACAACAAAAACAUUCACUGAGAAAAUAAAGAGGUUGCGAUUAACAAUUUUUCCUCAUAAAUUUAACACUUUUUAGGUGUAAAAAUAUAUCAACAUUUUUUUAAUGUUAAUUUUACAGCUUUUUAAUGGUAAAAUUAACAUGAAAAGGGUACAUUUUACCCCUAAUACACCUAAAAAAGGUAAUAUUUAACACCGAUUUCAGAUCAAUACUGCAGGGUAAAAUUAACAUUUCCGGAAUGUUAUUUUAACUUUUUCGGAUUCCUCUCAGUGUUGGGAUGUAAUUUUGAAUUGGAAGACUAAUAUUCUUUUGAGCUGUCCCAAAAUUCAGGAUAGGUUUGAGAAAAACCCUUUUGUACAACACUAUUUUGGUUAAUAAGGAAUGCAAAAGUUCAUAUUAUAAGAAGAGACACGGCCUGCUAAUAAGGAUAAAAUAGAGAAGAAAAUAUUUUGUCGCAUUUCAGAGAUUUUUUGCAACCGCAGCGCCGCCAGACGUUUGUCAAGUGAGUUAUUUGUGUCUCUAUCUCUCUCGCACUGUUGAAUUUAAGAACUUUCCAUUUAAAGUGAUAUUUGCAUUUAAUUUCUUUUAAUUUGUAUUUCUGCGAGAUUCAAGUAAAAGGGUGUGUAGUGAACACUAUCCGUCUUCCGACAAAGAUAUCAAGAAGACAAUUUCUUUCUAUAUGAGUUUUUAUGUCUGUUAUGUCUUUUUGGCGCAAAAAUAUUUAUCAUGGCACCUUGCGUGAGAGAGCAGGAUUAGUGUUACCAGUAUGGCUAUCUGUAAUUUCCAUUAAAAUUAUCAAUACAAAAUUUCCGAUAUUACACGACUUUUAACGAGCACAGGUCUGUUCUAAAUAGAACUUAGCCUUAGGGGGAAGUGGGGCACCUUUGAAAUUGAGAUUUUUCUCCUAGGUUUAAGUGGAACUGAGCCAUAUUAUAAUAUAAUUUAGCUUCCCAAUCUUCUUGUGCAGCUAAAUUAUAUCACGAUAAGGCUCAAUUUUAUUUAAAAUUAAAAUUUACUAAAACCAUUUGUUUCUUUAAAAAAAAAUACCAUAAUACUAACUUAAGAAUGAUUAGUUCACUGAGAAAAAAGGCUACGAUUAACUUUUUUUUCGUCAUAACUUUAACACUUUUCGGGUGUAAAAAUAUAUCAAUAUUUUUUAAUGUUAAUUUUACACCUUUUGAGGGUAAAAUCAACAUGAAAAAAGGUAACUUUAACCCAUAAUACACCUAAAAAGGGUAAUAUUUACACCGAUUUCGGAUCAAUUCUUCAGGGUAAAAUUAACAUUUCCGGAAUGUUAUUUUGGCUUUUUCGGAUUUCUCUCAGUGUUGAAGAUAUAAUAGAUGUAAAAUUUCAAAUUUUUGUUAUUUAUUAGAAAAUCUACCUUAUUAUGGGGAAGAUCUGAAGUAUCUUGUCGUCUAUUAUUAUUUUUCGAAAUUUAUAGAAAAAAAAUAACGACAACCAGCUGACCAUAUCUUGAUUCGCUUUAGAAUUUGCAAUUAGCGAAUUUGUGCCAUUUAACUAGGGGCAACUAUUUGAAGAGAAGGGAUUUUUCCAACUGAAUCCUUGUUGAAAAUUUGUCCAAAGGAUGUUGUUCCACGAUUUGACAAUCUUUUUGUCAUACGAGAAGUGAGAAUGUGUUUUCUCCGGCUUUUGAAACCGAUCUUCGAAUUUUUUGUGCUUCAGCUAGUGUAUGAAGCAAUUCUAGUUAUUUUUCAAGCAAUGCAUAGCCACAAAUCAGUUGUUGAUUGUUGCUGAUGGGGAUCCCGUCUGACCAGAUAAGCAUGGAUUAUAGCCUCAAUUAACCCUUAUCUUUCAUACCUUACUUUUAAGAAGCUCCCAUACAAAAUACCCCUUACUAAAUAUAUGUGAAAGACACUGUUUUGCGUUCAUGGUGGUGAGCAGCGGAACUACGAAAAUUAUGUUGCCGGCCUUGUUGUUCAGCUGUCAGUGAAAAGAUGGAAUAUUUUUUAAAACAUUUUAUUUAUUUUUGAAAUUGACUAAAAUUCCGCACUUAUUUCUCGCCCUAACGCUAUAAUUCGUGCGAGCUAGUCAUACUGAAAUGUACGAUAUAGUAGCAAUGUUUUCAACCCAAAAGUAGAACAAUAACUGAGUGUUUGAGAGAUCAAUUUUCUCUAAGUUGCAAGAUGCCAAUUAUUGGCACUGAUCCUCCAUUUAUUUGUGAAUGUAUUUUUUUGUAGAAAUUUUCUAUGAAAAUUCCACGCCAUUUUUAAUCAAUUUUAUUAAUUAUUUUGAAGAAAAAUAUAAAGAAAAUCCACUGGAAAAGUUGUGGAAUUCCUUAAUAUUUAACCAUGGAAGUAUCUAUGGCCGUUGCAUGGAAAAUUCCGCGGAGAAUUUUGUGGAAAUAACGUGGAUUUUUCCGAAUUUUUAAAGGGCUGACACGAUUAAGGUAAAAUGCCCUCGCUCGACCGGUUCCUCGUAACGACCGGUAGAUUUAUUUAUUCAAACUAUUUAUAUCGCUCCUUGGAAAUUACAGGGGCCCAACUAAUUUUUGGCCAUUAUUCAGGAGACAGCAUGAAAUAUUCAACUUUGUGUAAAUAAAUACCUCAAUUUAAUGACUGAAUAAAAACAAUUUAUUUCUUUUCUAUUUGUAUGAGCACUAAUAUAAGCAUCGAAACUUUUAUAUUAUUACCUUUCUAAAUAUGUUUUUUAAUGAGUUAGCUCCUUGUCGUUCUAAAUGAUGUGCAAAUUUUGCUGAAAUUAGAAUGACAAGGGAUCAACUUGCUUGAGUUAGUUCCCUGUUUCACAAAAAAUUUAACGAUGAAUAUAUUUUGUGCCCCUAUAAGGUCAAGUGCCCUUAAGUCGACCGGUUCCUCAAUUCGACCAGUAGAGUUGUUUAUUCAAUUUAUUUAUAUUUGCACUAAUAUUUGGCAUAUGAUCUAACAUUAAUAGGUCAAUUAUUCCAUAAAUAAAUACGAAUCAGUGAGAAUUUUAUAGAAAUUCACCAUUAAAACAUUCAAAUAUUGACCAAAGGUCGAGUCGAGGAACCGGUCGACUCGAGGGCACUUUACCUUACUUCAAACAAAAUUAUGCAAGUAAUCAAAAUGAUUAAAAUUUUGAAAAACUUUUCUAAUAACGAAAUUUAAUGACUUAUAUCAUCUGAAAAUUUAUUAAAUUGUCUUUCCAAGUGCAUUAGAAUCUCAAAAUUGCAAAAAAGUGAGUUGACCCCUUAUAAUUUCCAAGGAGCGAUAUUUGCUAUAAUAUCUUGCGUAUGAUCUAACAUUAAUAGGUCAAUCAUUCCAUGAAUAAUACGAACCAGUGACAAAUUCAUAGAAAUUGACGAAAUUGACCAUCAAACAUUCAAAAAUUGGUCGAGUCGAGGAACCCGGUCGAGUGAGGGUACUGUACCUUAUACUGCUAAAAAUCCAUAGAAAAAGUCGUGGAAAUAUUCGUUGGAAAAGUCAAUGGAAACUAGCGGACAUUUCUUAUUAGAUGGUUCUAUACAGAGUUCCGCGAACUUCCAUGGAGUACUAAAAGGUAAUUUAGCAUCAGAUUCCCCCUCGGAAAUCCACGGGGAUUUUGAGCGGUAAAAUCCAGGGAACUCUACGCGGCUUUUUAGUGGUAAUAUCCGCGGAUAUGACAGAAAAGACUGCUGGAAAUCCAGUGGAAUUGCCGCGGCCUGGCUAUAAUGUUAACCCAUUCAGUCAAUGUACCAGAAAUACUUGAGAUAGAAUAUUCAUAUUUUGGGAUUAGUUUCCUACAGAUUAAUAGAUGAAUUUUUUUAAAAGAAAAAAAAUUAUCCAUUAUGGAGGCGCGGGGAUCCGCCCUCAAACACGCGUCUUAAUGGUCACUGAAUUUAAAUUCUGUACAUUAAUUUAUUACAAACUCUAUUGAUUUAGAUAGAGUAACUAUCCAAGAAAACAAAUUGUCAACUAGAAUUCAAAUUAGGAAAGAAGAUGGAGGUCAAUUUUAACAAAUUCGACGGGAUGUCGAAUUUUCUGUGCGCCAUUUUGAGCAAAAAUUUUGCAUGACUUUCCGCGAAGCGAGAAAAGAACAACAAAAUGUAUUUCCAUCUCUGUUGGGCAAUUUUUGCAAGUAAUUGAAGGACUAAAGUAACCAAAAAUCCAUUCCCGACAGAAAUUCGAAUAUCAAUUGCCCAGAAAUAAAUCAUCUAAAAUCAGUCAAUUUGCGUAUGAUGUAUAAUACCAUGGUAAGGAAUGGGUUAUAACGACGUUAAGAUGACGAUGGACGAUUUUGUGCGCAUUUCUUGCACAUUGCUUCAGAUUAAAUUAGGACAAAGCAUCAGAGAUGCAACAGAAAUUGUGUAACACUAUCUUUAAAACAAAAAAAAAUAGUUAUUGCAUCGUUCAAAUUGUAAAGAAAGAAAAAAGAAUACAGAUGAAAACAUAAAUGUAUAAUCUGUGUGAAUUUUUUAUGGCAGAAAAAGACGCUUUUCAAUGCCAUAAACAUAUUUUAAAAUGAAUAUAUAUCAAAAUAUAAACAAUUUAUUCACGAUAAAAACAAUAUAAAUGUGUAAUUCAAUGCAUAAUCACUUGGAGAAAUAAAGAAAAAUAAAACAUAUUUUAUGAUGUAGAAACAUUUUUUGGAUAAAUAUUUCGAUUGAAUGCCUUAUUUAUUCGUGAAAAAAAAUUUUUACACAACAAAAUAUUGGCUGAAACAGUAAGAAAGAUAAUGAAAAUGGCUUUUUUUGGAAAAGGUAAACUCUAAAAGUAAAGUAUUUUUUACAUUUUUGCCAAUGCGGCCUAAUUGAAGGGGAUAACGGAAUAAAAUUGACUAAAAUUUCGAAAUAGAAGAAAUGAAUAGAAAAAAAAAAACAAGAUCUUUAUAUCAAGCAGUUAGUUGGGUAUUCAACACUGCGAUAAAAACAAUUUCACAUUUUUUUUUAAAAGAAAAUUUCUCAGUGUUUUUCAUCUUGUGAAAGAUAUACCAUCUCAUCUAUUAAAAAGAAAAGUAUAAAAUGCAAAUCUAUAUAAUCCAUAGCAAAUAUUAUUGGACAUUUAAAGAAAAAAUGAAAGAAAAUAAUUGUGAAAUAAAACAUAAAUGUUAAAUUAGAUAUCGAAAAAAAAGCACGAAAGCAUAGAAAGGUGAGGUAAAUUAAGCAAAGACGUAUUAGAUUUUUAGCUUUUAAUUGAUAAUAUUUUUGAAAAAAAGAAAAAGAAAUGUAUUAUGUAAAUAUUAUAUUUUUUAUUAAAGCCCCCAUCUCAUUUUCUCAUCCCAAUUAUAUAUAUUUUUUUUUUAUUUUCUUCGUCAAAAAGUGAACGCUUACUUUUCAUGGUAGAAAAAAAACAUUAAAGUGAAUUGUACUAAAAAAAGGAAUGGAAUUAUAAAAAAAAGAAAUCAAAAAGAUAUGUCUAAGAGAAGACAAGUAUUUUGUCAUUUAUAUACAUUUAUUUAAAAAAAAAUAUAUUGAAAUAUAUUUUAAGAAGGGAAGUGAAAAAAAGGAAAGAUAAGGAUAUUAAGAAAUUUAAUUAAAAAAAAAUAUCGAUGUAAUUUAUGAAUCAACAAUUAACUUAAUAAAGCAAAAAUAUGAUGUCAAGCAAA